UCACACUAUAUAUUACAGCACUACUUCCACUUCCAUAACACCAAAAACAAAAACAUACACACGUAAACAACAAACGCAUAAUGCAGAUCCACAAACUCUGUAUUUUUGUUCUGUUCAUAUCUUUGUUAAGCUCUAAAACCAUUUCCGCCGUCAAAUUCAACUUCAACCGUUUCGACGGAACAAAUCUAAUCUUCAUCGGGUACGCCGAGCUAGGACCAGCAACCGAUGGCAUGAGCCGGUCCGGAGCUCUCUCCAUGACCCGUGACAACAUUCCAUUCUCACAUGGUCAAGGUCUCUACACAGAUCCAAUCCCAUUCAAAUCUUCCAACAACACAUCUUCUUCUGUUUACUCUUUCAAAACAUCUUUCACUUUCUCCAUCACUCCUCGACGGUCAAACCCUAACCCUGGUCAUGGUAUCGCCUUCAUCGUGGUCCCAACCGUAGCCUACGAGUACGACCAAGACUCAACCCGCGGCUUCCUCGGUCUAGUUAACCUCACAACCAAUGGCAAUCCUAAUAACCAUCUCUUUGCGGUCGAAUUCGAUGUUUUCCAAGACAAACGUUUUGGUGAUAUUAAUGAUAAUCAUGUUGGUGUUAAUAUUAACUCUGUUAACUCAAAGGUUUCUGAGAAAGCUGGGUAUUGGAUUCAGACAAGAACUAGAGGGAAGAAUCAAUGGUUGUUUAAGGAAGUGAAGCUUAGUAGCGGAGACAACUACAAAGCUUGGAUUGAGUAUAAGAACAGUAAAGUCAUUGUUUGGCUUGCACCUGCGCAUUUAAAGAAACCGAAGAGGCCAUUGAUCGAAACACAAGUUGAUCUCUCGGAGGUGGUUCUUGAGACUAUGUAUACCGGCUUUUCCGGUUCGAUGGGUCGUGGCGUCGAGCGUCACGACAUUUGGAGCUGGAGUUUUGAGAACACCGCCAAAAACAAUUAGUUCUGAUUUUGGUCUUGUUUGGUUUGAUUUAUGUUUGUUACCGGUUUAACAAUUAUGUAUUUUCUCUUGAUUUUUAUUCAAAAGUGGUUAAAAAGAGAGUACGUAUAAAAUGUCAAAAUCAAAUUUAAAAUUA